AUGUUCAAAAGACAUAGCUCGAAUGUGGAAUUGCUUCCACACGAUGUUGUAGAGCUCAUACUGGAGAGUGUUCCCGUGGAGCCUCUGGUGAGGUUCAAGCGUGUAUCCAAGAGGUGGAAAACGACAAUCGAUUCCCGAAGUUUCCAGGAAAGACAGUUGAUCCGUCGUAAGGAAUCACGAGGUCCAGGUGAUGUUCUUUUCGUGUACCUUCUUGAUGCUGAUGAUAAAGCUCCAAUUGUGCUAGGUUCUUCCAUAAUCCCAACGGUCAAGUUACCUUUUCCAAAGUUUACUGUUUGCCAUAGCACUUGUGACGGUCUGAUAUGCCUCUACUGCUAUGAGCACACGUCGAACAUCGUGGUGAAUCCCGCCACUCAAUGGCAUCGAAGUUUUCCUUUCUCUAGUGUUCAACAGUUCAUCGCCGACACGUACUAUGGAGAAGAACGUGUCGCCCCAACUUAUAGGCUUGGAUUUGGUAAAGACAAGAUCAAGGGCACUUACAAGCCAGUUUGGCUAUAUAAUUCUUUAGAAUUCGGCCUAGAUAAUGUCACCACUUGUGAAGUUUUUGAUUUUAGCAAAAAUGCUUGGAGGUACGUUGUCCCUGCUUCUCCUUAUGGGAUUCUCUGUUUCCUGAUGCCUGUGUAUCUUGAUGGGUCGCUUGAUUGGCUCACCAACUGUAAUGAAACCAAGGUCUUGUCUUUCGAUCUUCACACAGAAACUUUCCAAGUCAUCUCUAAAACUCCCUUUGCCCAUGCACCUGACUGGGAGUACGUCAGCUUGUGUAUUCUUGAUAACCGCUUGUGCGUUACCGAGAAAAAAUGGCCAACUCAAGUCAUAUGGUCGUUUGAUUCUUCAGGGGGAAACAAUAAGUGGAAGAAAAUGUGUUCCAUUGAUCUCACCGAAACGAUUCAUUGGUUCCCGAGAUACUCUCUCGUGCCUUUACCGGUAGCAAUUAUGGAAAAGAAUAAGUUGUUGCUGCAUGGUCGUGAUCGUGACUACAAUCAAGCAUUCGUGCUAUAUGAUCUCCAUACCAAAUCUUAUGAUUUCGUUACACCUACCACCCCGGGGGAGUGUAUUUAUUAUUUCGAGAGUUUUUUCUCUGUUUAA